AUGCCUAUCCACAACACUAGAGGACCAGGUACAACAGUUACGACUCCCGAUGAUCAGGGUCAUCAGGUAAAAGAAUUUAUUGGAGAAAUCAACGCAGAGCUGAAGAAGAAACUCAACGAUGAGUUUAAUGUCAGAUUUGACUCUAAGAACAUAGACAUCCUUAGAGCUAUCAAUGCUCGAUCUUAAUGCAAGUUCAGAAUACCUUCAGCUGUCUCAACACCAACAGAUCUAUCCUCGAACUAGAAAUCGAAAGAUCUGAAGUUGAUUACCGUCUUGGUCUACCAAUAAAUCCGAAGAGGCUUCCAAACUUGACCGCUUUAAUUGCAGUUAAGAACACCAUCUCGACAUCAACCACUUCAGUGGAAAGAGCAUUUUCCAGCAUGAAUCGUAUCUGCACGAAGCUGCGAUCCACCCUUUUUCCAGAAAGAUUAAGUGAUCUUUUAUGCAUUUCGUUAAACAGAGAUGUUGUUGAUUUGCUGGAUUUGGACGAAGUCGUAACAGCAUGGGGAAACAUGCGCAGUAGGUGGUCUAAAGUCUAAGUCAUUAACUGACUAACUAGUCUAACUAUAUAAAAUGUAUAAUGUACUUAUUACUAAAUUGAGAACUUGAAAAAAACUAUUAAUUAUUUCAUUUAUUUAUUAAAAACUUUGUUAGUUUGUUACCAUACGAUUUUCACGAAUUUGAAGUAAGGGGCUGAUUACAUGGGCCGAGUUGUCCCGCUUUGCCGAGUUGUCCCGGCUAAGCGAGUUCACUUGUGAAUUGCGAUUACAUGCACCGCGCUAACCUGGCUAGCUGGGCUGAAGUAGCUCAUUAAAAUUUGUAAUGCUUAACAAUUUAAUACUCGGUGUUAGAAAUCGAUUAAAAAUGGUGUAUUCGUUGUAUUUGAGGACUACUUUACCCACUGAAUGUUGUUGGUUGAGGUAUUUAUACUUUGCACUGAUCCCAACAGGCGUAUACUGUUUGUAUUCUAACAAAAUUGUGUCACUUCCUAUCUUCACCUUGAAAACGUUUACAUGGGAUGUGUGGGCAAUUUCUGUCCCGGCUAAGGGAGUUGACCCGGCAAGCUACAGCCGCGGUCCCGGCAAGGCGGGACAACUCGCUUUGCAUGUAAUCGAAAUGUCAAAAUAAUAGACAAUACAUAUAGGGAGCGGGUCAACUCGGCAAAGCGAGUCAACUCGGCAAAGCGAGUCAACUCGGUUAGCCGGGACAACUCGCCCAUGUAAUCGGCCCCUAAGGAAGCUAUACUGAGAAGCUAUACAACUAUAUUUUAUAACUUUAUACUACUAUUCAUUAAUAAUUAUUAAAUAAUGAUACUUUGCACAUAUACUGUGCGCACUAAAUAACUUAGCAAGUUACUAAAGUACUAGCAGGGCAUUUGAGCAUUUUAUGUCCAUCCCAGCUCAGGGACUUAAAUACUUGAUCAAUUGAUCACAUGGGCAGGGGUCACAAAACAGGGGUUAUGGCGAUAUGCCUAAAAAAUAUACAACAGUCCGGUCAGCGCACCAAUGCAAUUAAUUAUUGGUAAAUUUUCACCCCCCGGGGGGCAUCGAAAAUUUACCAAUAAUUUCAACAGGGGCCCUGUAAAAAUAUGAGCUUUUUCCAAGACAUCUUCAUCCCCCCUCGGCGUAAUAAAUGUACUUUCCUUAAACACUCAGAAUUUAACGUUUUUAAAUAGGGGAUAAGCAUCUGAAAGAUUUUAGGUCAUGCUCUAAUGGGAAAAUGAUAUUUGCUGCAAAGAUUUUCUUACGAGAAAAUCGUUGUGUCAGAACUAAUUUCACAUCGGAUCCGCUUACAGUACAUUUUCAUGUCGUGUUUCAAAUGCACAAUAUUGUAUUUCUCGAUAUUAAAGUUGUUAUGUGUGCAAAACAAACUACAUAAAUGUAAGUUGUGUUUAAACGGAUUGUUUACAUUGCCACAAGGCUUACCUUUGACUAGGCCUAAGUCAACUGUUGUAGUGCAUGGCCCAAAAUUUUCAGGUCUAGAUCAGGUGUAUAGGCUAGCUGGCCAAAAUUUGUAGAGGAUUAUAAGUGUAAUAAUUAUAAUAAAGCUUUUUGUGAUUUAUUGGCACAGUGGCACUCUCAUUCUAAGUUUUGGGAGAAAAGAGGGGUCUGGGGGUUCUUCCCCAGAAAAUUUUUACAUGUUUGAAGCUCUAGGACUGAAUUUCUGGCGUUUUCUAAAGCAAAUUCGCAAACAAAUUGCAUGUAAAUGGACUGUAUUUUACAAAAAUGGUUGUCAUUUCACAAAAAUAAUUACUUUAUUACGCAAAUUUUACCUGAAAAUUUCAAAAUUUAAACUUGAAUUUUACAUAAUUUUUGCCUGAAUUUCACAGUAGGAGGGAGUUUCCAAACCAUCUAUUCUAUUAACUAUGGUGUGAGUGAACACUCCAGGCCCCUGCUGGACCAAAACUUUGAAAAGUUUAGAGCCCCCCCCCCCUCUUCAGUAUAUCGAGAACUUUCAGAGCCCCCCUUUAAUGCCAGAAAAUCUUUCGGUGCCCCUUAACAUCUUCAUUCCCCCCCUCGGCAUAAUAAAUGUACUUUCCCUUAGAUGAUCAUGCUUCCAGACUGUCGUCGGUAGUUGACACCGGAACACACGCCUGUCAAAAAUGCGUGCAAAAGCGCCAGUAUCCUUCAACUUCUUUACUUUUCAUGUUUCUACAAAAUUUCCCGUGAACAUAGAACAUAUUAUUCUUACAAAUCAUAUAUGAUUUUGGAAUUGCUACUUUUUGGCGGGUAAAUUACGUCAGAAACCUGGCGCCAAGAAAAUUAAAAUAACUUAUUGGUGAUUUUGUGCAUACAUUUAGCUAACUGUUAAUUUUUUAGCGUCAAGUUUGUGACGUCGUUUUCCCGCUAAAAAUGUGGCAAUUCAAAAAACAAAUAACAUACGAUUUGUAAGAAUGAUAUGUUCUAUGUUCAUGGCAAAUUUAGUAGAAACAUUGAUGAAAACAUUUUGCAUGCAUUUUUGACAGGCAUGACAACAUUAAAGGUUUUCAUAAAUUAUAGUUACUGUUUCUUUCCUUCAGUUAUAUUGAAGUUAGUAAAUGUUUUCAUAUUAUAUAGGUUACAUAUGGUGGUCUCUUAUUCAUGCUGUGGGAGCAAUGAUAUGGUUUUAUCCACUGAAUGAGCUAGAGAUAACGGGCUAUGAGGCUUUUGCCGUAGUGCUUCUCUCUCCUAUUAUCACUAACUUUUCAUUCGUAUCAAGAUUUAUAUCAUCUCAUGUCGGACUUGCUGUGAUGCGAUUAUGCUCCAUGGUUGGUGUGAUCUCAUUUCAAGCAUCAACAACUUUCUCCCGUUUAAUACUUCUCAUGUUUGGAUGUGGCUGUGCAAUGCUGUGGUUGUGUGGCGCUUGGUGGUCGAAAUCCCCAAGAGAACGGUAAUGUAGUAGUUGAGCCUUGUUUAUUAAUUACUAUGCAUUAGUAGCAAACUGUGCAGUUUUGAUUCAGUCGUUCCACAAUAAUCAUUAGUAAUUAAUAUCUAGUAAGAUUUUUGUCUUUGGGAUAUAAAUGUUUCCUCCUUGUUACUCUUCCAAUAUAUGAAUCAAUGGUGAAAUUUUUGACGAAUUCAGAGAACUGUGAAGAAAAAAAUUACUUGAAGCGCAUAUGUGAUGUACGUGCAUAUACAGUAAAUAAUGAAUUUGUAUUAAUUGAACAUAACCUUAUAAGUGAGAAACGUUUGUCAGUGCAUGCAGUGGUUUCCCUAGAACGUUUUCACAUCGACUUCUGAGUGUUGUUUAUUCUUUCUAUCGUGACAUUAUACGCGUCAGAUUACGCAAUUUGUGGCUACAAUUGAGUGACAUGUAUUUCCAGUUUUAAAAGCAAAUAUUUCGUUUUUACAUGAUGUACUGUAUAAUAUAGUUAUAUAGGGACUGUUUUAUACAUCAUCGAUCUGCUUUGCCGAGAUGAGAUGCGAGGCGGAUGAUUUUGACAUAUUGAAAUAGGUCACGGGACACGCCGGCACGGUUCAGCAAACUCCAUUAUUUUCCUAGUGAUAGAUAGUAGUAGUAUAAUAAUAAUAAUAAACAAAAGGUUGUUCAAGCAGCAAUAAUAAUCAUCUUGAACAACGAAAUCUUCUGUAGCCAACAUUUGAGUUCUUCUAACCAGUGUUUGAAUUUUCACUUUAUUUCAAUGCAUCAAAAUCAUCCCCUUCCAUUCUAUCCCAUCCCGGCACACCUGGAUCAUAAACAGCCCCUUAAAACUACAUCAUCAUAACACCUGGGCAACAUACUAACAGACAUUAUAGAUUAUGCUAGGUUGUGUCAUACUCCAUAGGAAAAAUAAUUACUAAUUAUAGAUAAGGUGGGAGAGCAGUGCGUAUUGUUUAGUAAAAGUACAAACAUAUAGUAGAAAUAAGACAGCUAAAUAUAUACAUGUCAUAAUUUUAGAACCCUUUCGUUUUGGGGAACUAUUCUUGGCUUCUUUUUAAUGCUAUCUCUAAGGAUAUGCUAUGUUUCCUUAAAUCCAAUGUGGUGGAGUCCAACAUUUAACACUUUAACUUGUGUUACUGGAGUUGUGAUGACGGUAAGCCAAGCCGUGUUUAUCUCAGGCCACAGUUCAGCACACAAGUCCAAGAAUGACAGUGAAAAUAGAGUUAGCUGGCACCAGUGGCUGCGUAUUAGUAUUGGAUUUUCAUCAAUGUUUUGGCUCACACAUUGGGUGUUUGGUGAAGUAUCUCUCGUAUCGCGUUGGGCUGGUGCUGGCGCACCCGAAUCAGGACCAAGCCCAAAUCCCUGGGGGUAAGUUACAGUAUAUAGAGCAACGACAGCACUGAAUGAGAUGUUUUUAGUACAGUCGGUCACCCUCAGGGAUUUUGCAAGUGCAUGACCGCUUAAUACACGUUGACCGCUUAAUACAGGUCUUGUAGAAAAUCACCAGACGGCUUAAAUUGCUUGAAUAGUACGUCCACACGAACUGAAAAUACUGAUGACACUUUCAGUGAAUAUGGAAGUUCGAGUAAUGAGAUAAACAAAACUUAAAGACUUUGACGUGUUGCCGAAUAAAGAUUUAAUUAUAUAUUGUAUUAUGUUUUCUGUAGUUAUCCCUUUUAAUAGAGUUUCAAAAAAAUGAAAAAAUAAGUUUGGGACCGUGGAAAAGGUGACCGCGUCCGCUUAAUAGAGGUUGCCGUUCAAUAAAGGUCAUUAAACAGUAUUUAUAUUAUGAAAGUUUCGGGACUUUACCACAUGACCACUUAACAAAGGGUGACGGACUGACCGCUUAAUACGGUGCCGCUUAAUACAGGUUCGACUGUAUCUAUAUGCAGACAAUGAUUAGGUAAUAAAAUUACACAUAAAAUGACUUUACUAAUGGAUAUCUCUAUAUCAGUUUUAAUUUAUCACCCCUAAGGUUCAUACAGUGAUGACAAUCUCAGGGGUCAUUCCCUUCAGUGUUAGUACAGGAGAAAACUGUCCAUAGAGGAGGCCAUUUUUCCUGGGACAACGGCCGCGUCAAUAACUUCAAAUGAGUGGCCUUUGAUAUACAUGUGUCUUGAAAUAAAUAAACAUGAACAAUUGCAUCAACAUUUUACUUACAUACCGUUUUUACUAUCUUGUUUUUUUAUAGCAUUGCUGUACUGAUUGCCUUAAGUGUUGGUAUAAUGAUUUCUCCGCGCGGUUGGACGGGAUCGUUUGUGUGGUGGUUAUUUGGUUGUUCAGGAGCGGCGAUGUUAUACUACUUACCAAAACACUGGUCAUUUACUGGUGGGAUAAUCCUUGCAAUCUACGUCAUAUCAAUUUGGCCUUUAAUGGCAGAUAAAUUGGUGCGUUGCACUCCUGGAUCAACUUUACCUGUAGCAAUGGGUCUAUACAUUAUCUUGAUUUUAGCAUCGGUCUGGGUUGUAGCGUUUAAUUUUGUGCCAGGCGGUGAGCUUACGCGGGAACGAACAGAUAUACUGAUGGCGAUUACGAUGUUGCUGAUCGGUGAGUUUUAGAAGGUUUCAGAAUACCCGGUUUUACAAGGUUUCAGAUCAGAGGUUUCUCUCGAGUUUACUUCUCCUUAUUUUUUCUUAAGGCGACACCGACUGUUUUGUAGAAAUUGGUGUGUGUUUAUUAUGCACUAGUCAAUUGAAACCGCGCGGCAUAGCGGGGAAUUUAACAAUUUCUGUUGUUAAUUCCCACUCAUUCGCCCCCCCCCCUGGAUAUUCCCUGUUAAAAGCCCCGGUACUGAAAAUAGCAAUACACAAAUAAACAACUGAGCUUGUUUUUUUCAUCCACUUGUGGGCAAGUCUAGUUUUUUUCGUUCUGCCGAGAGAUUUCCAACACUUUCCACAAAACCAACUACAAGCCGACCAAAAAUGUAUACAGUAUAAGAGACAAAAUCUGUCGGUCUUAACAGGAUAGUGUAGUACUAAACCAAUGAGCAUGUUCAAACACAAUGACCUCUCAUGUUCACUUCCUCUACUCUAGCCGAACGUUAAAAUCCCGGCUACUUAUUCCCAGCAAAUAGUAUGCUUGUUAAAUCCCCCUCAUGUCUCCCCGGCAAAAUGCAGCAUUAAAUAGGCGUUAUUCCACGGCUCUGUCCUUGUUAAUUCCCCGCUAUGCCGUGGGGGGAGGGGGGGGGGGGAGAGUUUCGAUUGACUAGUGCAUUAGUUGCCAUAUACUAAACUUAUACUAUGUGCUUAAUAAUGAAAUGACACCAGAUUCGCAGGUCGAAUAGAUUAUAUAAAAUGAGAUUUGCCGUAAAACGGAUCUGAUGAACGGUUGUGAUAGUAGCUACAGUAUUUCAUUUUGCAUGAAUAUUGUUCACCAAGUUCGCGUGCUAAGUUAAAAUGAGGCACGUCUGAUGCUUUUUCAUUAUAUCGCUAUUGACAGCAUUUCGAGGUGUUUACAAAUGUAAAUGAUCAUGCAAGUUUGAAAUUUCUAUUGUAACACCAUUUCACUCGAUUUUCUUUGAAGACAUGAGUCAUCAUUUACUAUAGUGCUAUUCAGACUACGAGCAGGAUAGGUAUUUUAGUAAAAAUGCAUAACUGCGAUUAAUUUGCGCACGUCUAGGAAAGUUCCAUUAACCAAUCAAAGCAUUGCUCUGGUGUCACAUGGUGUAAUGUGCUGACGUGAUUUUAAAAGUCAAAACCAUACGUUCGAAAAACACGGAAAACUUUAUGCAAAAUUCAUAAUAAAGCCUGCCAUAGUUCAGGAAUCUUCAGUGUUACACCAAACACGCGCGCGAUUUGUAAUUAUACUUCUCAAACCCCUACACUAAUUUAUUAAUAUAAUUGAACCAGAUUAUGCUGGUUUGUUUUAAAUUCCUGUUAUCCGACAUAGCACUAGUAUUGGACAUACUCUCUCAUUCGAAUGCAACCGCUUGAUUGUCUCGUAGUAAUAUGUAGGUUGAAAGAAUUCUGUAUUGUGCGUUGCUAGGUACUGGUAUCGCUACAAAUAUACCUGUUGUUGAAGCAAAGAAAAAACAAGGAGUAAAAUCAAGUUCAAAAAUGGCGUUUUUGAAACUUCAUGGAGACCGAUUCCUAUUUUUUAACACCUAUGUAAAGAUAGGUACGUGUACCAUUGAGCAUUGUGUAUUAAUAUUUAUUUUUAAUUGAUUCACAUCCAAGUACUGAGUUCAAAAUGGAGAUACAGUAUAUUCAUCUUAAAAAAUUGAAGGUUGCAUGGUCAGGUGAAAAGGUCGGGGGGGAGCUAUAUUGUUCAAAAAUGCACACCGGUUCAGAACGUACUGAUUUUCAAGCCUUUGUAUUAUACAGUAUAUAUACUUGCAUCAUGUACUGUGAAAUUAUAUACAAUUAUAACAAUAAGACGUAUUUGUAAAUAUUUUAGGUAAUACAUUUAUUUUGAGGGGAAUGGCACAAUUAGGCAAUGUCUAAGGAGAAUUAAAUUUAUUUCUUCAAGUAUAAUUGAAAAUCUUGAGAAUGGUUCGAAUCCAUUUCAUUCGUAGUUGAAAGUCUUGUAAAAUAGCUUCCAGAUAUAGGAUAAUUUUAAUUACUUAAGUUUCGUUUGUAAAAAACCCCGUUAAUUUCGUCUGUUAUUAUAGGAAACGUAUAUCAAUAUAACAUGUACCAUAAUAUAUAGAGACCAUCAACUUUAUUCAUCAGAUAAUUUCACAAAUCUGUUUUAGGUUUGUUGUUCAUAUUAACCUGUGGAUGCUCUGCAAUGUUAGUGCGUUACAAUAACAUGAGAUACAAUACUCCUAGUCAGGUAAGUAAUUACCUGUUAUUUUACAUAGUUCUCUUCAUUGAACAUGCUUGCCCCAUUUGCCCUCUGUGAGGUCCUGAAAAUCGUGUUGGACGGUGUUGCAUGAAAUUAAAUUUGAAUAAAUUAAACCUGAUCUUACAUCUUCCAAUAACGUUGCGUCCAACAGUUGGACGCAACAUUAUUGGAAGAUGUAAGAUCAAACUCCAACAAUGUCGAUGUUGGACCAUGGCAAUCCAGAAUCAUGACAGUGUCAUUUGCAUUGUCCAUGUUGGACUAACAUGUUCUGAGUGGGUCAUGACAGGACUGGGCGUGUUUUUAUGUAAGCAAGGCCUGCAAGGGUGGGAUAGGCACCCGGCUAUAUUCCUAAACAAAGUAAUAUAAAUAUUGUACAUUUUCCAAUAAACUGAAGCAUGCCUGAAGAAGUGAGGGAGCCAUAGAGCGGCGCUACCUAUAUAAGGGACAAAAUUCAAAAUGUGCGCUACAAAACGUCAAACCUUAGUUGAAUUUAGCCUGGGUAAUUUUCCUGCCCGCAAGUCCUGCCCCAAAAAACCAGCUGCUACACAUGCAGGGUAAAUUGAAUUAAGAAUUUUGUGGAGCUAUAGCUAUUCAAACCUGGAAGAACAGGCUAAAAGUUAUAAAAAGCGUUGCAUGGUUACCUCCAUGUAUACAUAAAAAUAAAUACAAGUCGCACUUUGCGAACAUCAGAUACACUUUGAUAUUUAUUUUUACAUAUUGGUUAAGCAGAGUCAUGAAAAGAAAUUCUCAGCAGCAGUCUGGACAGUCCACUUUGGAUAUGACAAUCAGGGUUGGCCUAGUUAUGAAAGAGCCGCUGUUUUGUUGAACGAAACUGGUUAGUGCCAUUGUUGUAUAUAGCUUCAUUUGACCCGCGUGUGUGCGUGGCAUACAGUAGUGGUAUAAGUUUGUUGCUUUGUUGUCGUUGUUGUAUAGUAACGUGUAAGGAAAUCACUUAUAUCCGCAAGGAUGUAUGUUGUUUUGUUAUAUGUUUAGGAGCUGACGUAAUAGGCCUGCUUGAAAGUGACUGUUCACGGCCGUAUCUUGGAAACAAUGAUCUCACUAUGUGGCUGGCAGAAAGGCUGGGGAUGUACUCGGAUUUUGGACCUUCAACCAGAGAUCAUACGUGGGGGUAGAUCUAAACAUUUCUUCUGCAUUCUGCAUGUUGAUACUAUUACAACAGCAGAUAAAAACGUUUGCCACGAUCAUAUCAGAAUUGUCAUUUUCCAAAGGUUGCCACUUUUGAAAUUCCGGACUACGUUUAUAAAAUACUGCACAUAAGUAUGAAACCAGCACAACACCUGUACUUUAUGAAACGCAUGCAUGUCCUGUUGCAUUGCUUUUAACUUCAACUUUUUUAUGUUUUAGUGCUUUACUAUUAUCAAAAUAUCCCAUUGUGGAAUCGUCUCACCAUUUGCUACCUUCUCCUGAAGGUAAAGUAUGUAUAUAUCUUCUUUAAAUAUACCGUUCAGUUGUCUUCUACGCAAACGAUGGUUAUUUACUCGCAAGGUAUAUGAUCUCCAGUGAUAGGUAGGUGAUGUUGUGACUGUGCAUUGCAAAUGAAACGUCAGGCAGAUCGUGGCACAUCUGAUAGAAGAGAGGAGAAGAGCGCAUUCUUAUCCACCACUAUAAAUUAUGCCAACAAUCCAAGAAAUGAUGAACAUUUUAAUAAGCAAGCUGCGAACUUGUGUGUAUGAUGCAACUGCAACUGAAAAAUUAAAACAAACAUCGGGGUUUCGUGCGAAGGUCCUUCGUCUGGAAGUUAGGGGCGUGGGUCGGGAAAACGCACGUACUUUAUGUUAGUGACUGUAGUGAGUACAAAAGCGAUCACGUGAUAAAAAUAAACCAACAACUGUAGAGAAAAAACGUAAACCACAUUGCAAAAUAUGGCACCAUUUCCAUCAUGGUAUCAACGAGCGUUUUUCUUAUACUUUGCUUAAUUAUUAACAAAGCUUUCGUUGGUAGGGAUGCAACUACCUGAAAAAUAUAAGGAGAACUUCGACGUUUCGAGCGAAGGUCCUUCCUCGGGAAGUUCGUACUGUAGCCACUACUACUUUAAAAUAUCAGUGGAAAUAGUUGUGUGGUAUACACUGAGUGAUACUCUACUCACAGGUAAUUGUAGAUUGUUUUGUAUUUCAGGAGAGCUAGCUCCCGCACUCAGUGCGACUGUUAAUAUUCAUGGUCGAUUGGUGGAUUUUGUCGUGGUACAUAUGGGGAAUGAUGGGUGAGCUAAGCUGACUUUACUCCAGUUGAUAAUACCAAAUUUAAUAGAACAGCGGCUGUUCAGUUCUCAUGUAUCUAACGACAGUGGCUGUUAUUCUCAUGUAUCUAACGUGCUUUAGUACAGGAUAGCAGUUUGGUGGCGGUCGCAAAGAAAAUAUCUAUAAAUUCUCUUUGCAUGCAUGCACCAACGCAUUCAACUCGUAUACAAAAUAUGAUUUUCAUUUUUUGUUAUUUGACUCACACACUUUGCAGGUGAGUAAGUCAAAAAACAAUACAAUAAAAAAUGUUUGGUGCCCUCAGUAAUAUUAAUAAAUUGUGGAGCAAUUUAUCUAAAAGUAUAAAUUAAUCAGUAUACAUGUGUACAUGCCUGUAUAUCCAUGCAAAUAUAAUAAAAUAUUACUGGUAAACUGGACAAAAUGCUGCAGCUCAUAUACGUAUUGGAUUUAGGGAUGAUCUGGAUCGUAAACUACAAGCUCAGGAGCUGGCUCGAAUCAUGGAUGAGAGGUGAGGUAUAAUUUAAACUGUCUUGCCUCAAUCGUCGUAUGUAGAUGUCGGAAGUACAAGUUUGGAACUUUCGUGCACUCUAUACCUGGUAUAUAUUGUAUAUUCAAGUGAACAGUUAACUGCUGCAGAUAAAAUGUCCGGCCAAUUUGAAAUACAGCAUGUAUUUGUAGGUUUGUCAAAGACCUGAUGUUGCACUAUUGCUUUUGCAGAUUUUACAAAGCACAUUCCAGCCCUGAUAAGGAUAAUUAAUUCACUGAUCAGCCAAAAUUACGUUAGACCGUAAGACAAACGAAGCGCAAUAUCAAAAACAUUUUUCGGACAACAUAUUUUUCCAUCUUAUUCUGCGUUUAACCACCUCUGUUCGUUCCAUUUCCCCCUAAUUUUUCGUAAAUUUCUCCACAUUUUAGCUGUCAUUCUUAAUUUUUUAAUCGGUGUCAACUCGACUAUUUUAUUUUCCCCUUCCUACAGUAUACAUAUCCAUGUUUUGUCGACUGGGAUUCAAUCUUUUUCUCCUUCUUCUUUCUGAUACAAUAAUUUUUGGUUUUGUUCCGUUUCAGUAAUAAUCCAGUUGUAUUCUUGGGCUAUGUCACCUCGGCUCCUGGUAGUCGUGAUUAUCAUGCAUUACUUAACAAUGGUAGAAGAAAGGUACGGAGUACACUACUUGUUUACUAUACUGAUUCAAAGUGACCAUGAAGUGAAUAGCCAAUUUGCCCACAUUUGCCACAUACAGUUUAUUAUAAAUUUUGCGUUGUCAUUUUUGGCUAGCCAAAAGACAAACACACAAUCAAACACAGACUUUGAGUGUCCAGCGUUGGCUUCGGCGUAGAAUAUAAAGUUUUUUUUGGUAGAUUUCACGCCAAAUUUCGCGAUUUCAGAUUGUAGCUGGCUGUCGUCAAAUCCAACAAAAACUUUAUCUGCACAAACAAAUAGGGAUGUCCUUCGAUAAAAGCACGUACUGAAUGAAAUAAAGGCUCGCCCAGAAGAUUUGAAUAUAUUGUAUAUAUACAAGAUCUUCAAUGGUCAGCACCUUAUGCCUUAACGAGUUGCUUGCACCUUUGUUCUAAGGAGGGCUCUUACGUCUGCGGAUAAUUGCUUUUCUGUCAGCUAUCAUAUUGCUUUGAUGACGUCAGGGCCAACAUAAGUACUAUGGCUUCAGAGUGUUUGUCGGUUUAUACCCCAUUUCGUUGUAUAUAUAAUCAAGAAAAGCGCAUUAUUUAUUAUAAAUUUUGCAUAGCAAAUGACCUUAUAUAUUGGUGGGCUGAUUAUGCGGCAAAUCUGACUCAUUCUACAUUAUUAGACAGAUUUGGAUCGAGGACGCGGACGUCAAAGACGACGUAAAAAUGGCAUAUCCAUGUAUGGAUAUGCCACGCCAUUUUGACGCCAUUUUCACGUCGUCUUUGACGUCCGCGUCCUCGAUCUAAAUCUGUCUAUUUAUUGCUCGAUAAAUAAUGAGUCUGAAUUUCAAUCGAAUGGUCAGGCAUGGAAGCUAUGAAUAAUAUUAUUAGUAUUAGAAACGUUAUGGAGUGUUUCCCUAUCUUCCUGCAGGAUAUAGAUCCCAGUGACGGGGACCGGUGGUGUGAGUACAUCAUGUAUAACGGACUGAUAAGACAAGGCUAUGCUAGGAUAUCUCACGCAGGAUUGAGCGAUACUGAGGUUCAGCUUGCAAAGUUUUUAAUACCAGAUGAGCCUAACAACUACUCAGAUAAUGAAAGAACUACGACGGAUGAAAAUAAAGUGUCUGAAACAUCUCGGUUUUCAAAGAGGUAGGUUGAAUAAACGUAGUGUUUCCUAACUGUAUAUGAUAAUAUUGUUAUGCAAUAUCACAAUACAACCGGGGUGCGUAUGUAAAUAUAUUUAAUUAUAUAGUUAAUUUUAGAAGGUCCAGUGGAAGAUUGGCGAAAGCUAAACUUGCAUAUUUCCUUGUAAAUUAACCUUCUUUAAAUAAAGUUUUAAUAAUAAUAAUAAUAAUAAUAAUAAUAAUAAUAAUAAUGGUCUCAUUAGAGCUUUCCCGAUUCAGCAUUUUCAACUGCCAUCUCAAGAGAAAAGUGGCUCGAACUAGCCCAAUCAUAACUCACCAUAAAGGAUACCGACUUCCUUUUGAUAGCCCCUAAAUUAAAGGCUGGCAUGAAGGAAUAAUCAUGGCCAUUUGAAAAAUGAACUUGAUGAGGGUUUGACUGAUCAACAAACUCCCUUUGUUAUGGUGGCCCGCCCUUUGUUAGUGGCCCUAAUGGCCUUGGAUGGUCCUGGAGAUGAGGGAGAUGGCCCGGACCCUGACUCUAUCAAGAACUACCUUGAGGAUGCACUGGUUAUGUUAGGGAAUGCACAUGUUAGGCUAAACAAUUGGCGCCAGAGACGCUUUAGUGAUUUUUUUUUUUUUUUUUGAAUUUCUUAAGUAUAUUUUAAAGUAAGGGAUUCCAACCGACAAGCAUCUGUUCCCAGAAAAAUUCCAUUAAAAAAUUCCAGGCUUCCGUGCCGAGUCACGACAACCAACCAAACGAGGAUGGUCGCGUUCUCGAUUUAACCAUACCCAGGCUAAGCGUCCACGCCCCUCGAAACCAGUCAGCAUCCCAUGGAUUCAAUCAGUUAUGACUAUCCGUUUCCAGUCUUAAGACAUAUCCAUUGUGUAAAUACCCCUUCUGGCCGUUUAGUUCAUUUUUUAGACAAUUGGAAAACUAUUACCCAGGACAAUUGGGUUCUUCAGACAGUUACAAAAUUCCUUUUACGUCCCCAUCUCAGUCACAACAACCAGGUCCAGCAUUCAAACGAAGCGCAUGGACACUGCUAUCCAGACACGUCUCAAGAAGGCAGCAAUCAAGGCGGUUCAACCAGCCGAGAGUCAAUUCAUUUCCUCCCUAUUCCUAGUGGAGAAAGUCCAGUCCAAGGGAGAAUAUUGAAUGAUUAUCAACCUGAAAUCCUUGAACAGAUUUGUCGAAGAAUGGUCCUUCAACAUGAAGGGUCUUCCAGUAGUUUGUUCUUUGUUACAACCGAACAAUUACCUGAUGAAUCUCGAUCUCAAGGACGCGUAUUAUUCAGUUCCAGUUCACCCAGAGUACCGCAGAUUCCUACGCUUUGUGUUCAACGCAAGGACAUCCGAGUUCCAAUUUCUCCCAUUCGGUCUGACAUCAUCCCCUCCAGCCUUCACCAGACUAAUGACUCCAGUUAUGCCCAUAUCUGGAGUUUAGGAAUACGAAUUGUCAUCUACCUAGACGACAUUCUUCUCUUACAUCAGGAUCCCAGUGUUCUACAAUCUAUCUUCAGGAAGGUUGUGGGCCUUCUCGUGGGACUGGGUUUCCUCAUCAACCUGAUUAAAUGUUCUCAGUACCCAUCUCAGCAGCAUAUCGUCUUGGGAACGAUGCUUCAGCACUUUUACAAUGUCCCCGUCCCUGCCGACAGAGAAGCUGGAUCUCAUCCAACAGGGAGCACUCCAGCGUACCAAAGGCGAGAGUACACUACAUGAGUUAGCAGCACUCCUGGGACGCAUGAGCCAUGCAGCUCAGAAUGGCAUUUGUUUGGCUCCUCUGCAUUACAGAGCACUUCAGAGGGUUCAUUCAGCUGCGACCCUAAGAUAUGAUUGCCAGGGAUCGAAACAGUUCCUAGACCUGUCACGAGAGGCUUUGAGGGAUCUGGAGUGGUGGCUGUCCUGGGAGCACCUAUACUCAUUACCUCCGGUGCCCACCAUUCGAUUUUGCCAUCCAACACCGAUCUAUCCCUAUUGGGCGGGGGGGGGGGGCAACUGCAGACAACACCCACCUCCAUCGGAGGACGCUGGUGCCCAGAGGAGUGACAGCAACAUAUCAAUACGUCGGAGCUCAAAGCAGCAUAUCUUGCAAUCCAGGGCUGAUAUCCACCGGCUGAUAUCCACCUACGCAUCAACAACACCACAGCGGUGGCAUAUAUCAACAGGGGGGCACACACUCACCGUCUCUGUCAGCAAUAACACUGGAGCUCUGGAACCCUCCAGAUCAGAUCUUGGGUGACAUAUAUUCCUGGAAUACGCCGGCAAUGUCGAUGCCGACACAGCGUCCCGUCAAUUCAACCCAGGGUGGAAUGGACAUUGGACUCCAAGAUAUUUCGGAAGAUAGUGGACCGUUUUUAUCUCCUGGAGGUCGAUCUGUUUGCAUCAUAGCUAACCCACCAGGUGGAGAGAUAUGUCUCCAGAUUUCCAGAUCCGGAGGCAAUAGCAGUCUACGCUUUUCUCCAAGAUUGGAGCAGGUGGAAGAGUUUCAUACACCCUUUUGUGAACCUUCUUCUUCGGGUAGUGAAGAAGAUCCGAGACGAGAGAGCAUCAGCCCUGGUGAUAGCACCGAACUGGCCCAACGUGCCCUUGUAACCACAGUUAGCACAGAUGUUGGUGGAUUACCCCCUGCAGCUUCCAACGUAGGCUCAGAUUCCAGCCGUUGUGUUCUCGCCCACUUGCGAGUGGCGAGAACACAACGGCUGGAAUCUGAGCCUACUUCCAACGUCGAGGUCUCUAUUAUACCUCCCAUUCGACCUCCAGGCCCACCAUCCUCUGUGGGCAACCCUCAACCUGGCGGUAUGGCCAUUAUCCGCAGAUGUUUUGAAACAGCAGGAUUUUCGCCAGACGUUAUCGAGAUCGUCAUGGAGUGAGUCCACUAAGAAGAGAUAUGCUGGCCCUUGGAGAGCUUGGGCUGAGUGGUGUACCAUGCGUGGGUGGUUAAAGGGGAUGCCUGGGAAUUUACGAUUCCAGAGCAUGAAAAACUCCAGACCUGGUCUCCCGCCGAGGAAGUUCUACCUCCCUUCAUUUCCACAAGACAACACUAUCUGUGUAGUGAGGGUUUUAAGAGCUUAUACCCUCCGUACUUGGAACACUUGGAAGGCUCGGAAGCUUUUAGUGUCUUACAUUGCCCCCCAUGACAGUGUCUUAAACCAGAUACGUAACACGUUGGCUGACACAAACAAUCCAUUUGGCUGGUAUAGCAUUAGAUUUUAUGGGACACUCUACAAGGAGUGCUUCAGCUGCCGCAGGGCUGUCGUUGAACCUAAUAGUGGAAGCAGGAGAUUGGAGUUCUGCCACUAGUGUUGGUAAAACACUACACAAACGUCCUGAUCGGACUGCUUUUGUGCAUGCUGUUCUUAACUUAAUUUCUGUUUUGUAGAGUUGUUUGGUGUACUUCAGUUCCUGUACAGUAUUUCAGCAUGCCAGUAGCUACUAAACGUCUGCACUAGGAUUAUGAGUAUCAGUCGGAGAAGGAGAAAUGUAAUUUCCCCGGAGGGUUAGGUUCUUACCUGAAGGGGAGAUGUAGUUCUCCGAACUCCUAUCAAGACUGAUACGAACAAUACCACCCCCACCGUGUAUGGAAGGACCUAGUCACUAGUGAAGUCUUCCUGAUUGACAAGUCGUUCCCUACCCAGCUACUGACAUGAGGAUAAAUGCGCAUGCAUUGGCUUGAUUUAUAUUCGUGGUACCCAGACUGCUAGCGCCGCAAUCUGCACUAGUAUUGUUCGUAUCAGUCUUCGAAGGAGUUCGGAGAACUACAUAACUACUAACCCUCUGGGGAAAUUAUGUUUCAUCACAGAAAUAUAUUUAAAUAACAUAGAAAUUAUUGUUGGUUAAUUGCUUUCUAUCCCAAUGUUUAAAAAUAAAAUUAAUUUCAAUUUCUAAAUCAAUUUGAAAAUCUGAAAAAAAUGAAGAGCUAUGAGAUUAGCUGCAAGCUUUGCUUUUAAUGCUUGUUGGACCCAACAUUGCUGGCCCAACACCAUCCAACAAUACUCAAAAAUAGUUUUGUAUACUGUCUAUUUUUUACACAAUAUUUUAAAGUACAGAUUUUCAAUUUCUAUAAAUCUUAUGGUUUUAUCCAAAAGAUUUGGAAAAAUAAGCAGUUAUACCAAGUAUUUCAACAUUGUUGCAUGAUGUUGGGUCAACAUUGUUAGGUCCGUUUCUUCUAUGGUCCGUUUGAACAGGCCUUUAAUUAGGAAGUUUUGUUUGUUUGUUUGUUUGUUUGUUUGUUUGUUUGUUUGUUUGUUUGUUUGUUUGUUUGUUUGUUUGUUUGUUUGUUUGUUUGUUUGUUUGUUUGUUUGUUUGUUUGUUGUGUGUUAAUUCCAUUAAAAAAUGUGGUAGCAAUUCAAAAAUGACGACGCAUUUAAUUGUAAUUUUGUUCUUGUAGAUUUGGAGAUUUCUACAGAGGUCACUAUCAUGCGUGGCAACAUCAUUUUCAUAUGUCAACACCAAAAUACUUCCUGUCAUAA